ACCAAGCCUGUAAAGAUGUUAGAACAAUUAAUACAACAGUUAAUACAAGCAACUUGAAGAAAAUACCAUGAUUACAAACAGAAUGUGGCUUUUUAAAAAAAUAUUCCAGGUUGACUAGUUUGCAUGUUCUUAAAAAGACUACUGUGUAAUUUUUAGUGCUCCCAUUCUGCUAAUUAUAGAUUGUGGGUAAUGUGAAACCAUCUGUAACAUUAAUAGAAGCUGUAAGAAAUAAAAUUCUCGUUGUCCGUGCAUGCCUUAUAAGAUUCAUCUUGGCAAUCAAAGCUUUUAGUCAAAAUUCUUAAUACUAUCUAUGUCAGUGAUGGUAACCUUUUGUGGACUAAGUGCCCAAAGCAUGACCAAACCCCCAAAAUGCAAUGCAUGCGUGUUUCCCCUCCCCACGCACCCCAUCCCCUGUGCAUGUGCGUCAGAGACCUGAAGACCAGCUGGCUCGUGAGAGGCGCGCGCACAUGCACAGCAAAGCUGAGCUGGGGCGACAACUCGUAUGCCCACAGAGAGGGCACUGUGUGCCACCUCUGGCACAAGUGCCAUAGGUUCGCAUCACGGAUCUAUGUUUUCAUCUAUGUUUAAUCUCAGAAUUUACUUAUGAUAUACUUUUGUUGUGGUGAUUAGAGAUUAAGUUUAACUACUAUUUGGAACAGAAAACAAAGGCUCUGUAUAAACAGUGAAAAAAGAUUGGAAAUCAAUGUUUACUUUCACUAAGAAUAAACUUAGUUUUUGUUUUCAUCUGUUCUCCAGCUAUAUGUGCUAAUAAAAAUGCUAUAUUAAGUUGACUGCUAAUGCUAAGCACUUUUUAAAAUUUAGGGACUUCUGGUUGAUAUCACAGUGAGAUCAGACAUGAGGAAUGGGUCACUGUGUUCCCAUGUCAAGUUGUCCCCAUUGGUGGGCUCCAAAAGGAGCCAAAGCCGCCCUUUAGGGGUGGUGAAGCAAAGAGGGGUGCCCUGUUGCAAUUCUCCUGCCUGACCCAGGGUUCUUUUUCCCCCUCAGCUAUGGUGAGGAGAAGAUGUAGCCAAAAGAUGGCUGCCACGAAGCUGGGAUAACCGAGUUACAACUAAGACUGGUGCGGGAGUGAAGUAGAUUAACAGUGACUGGAACUGAGGGAGAGGAUUCCUUUUUACCUAAAACCUAACCCCAAGGAACAAUUUAGAACUAUUUGCUCAAAAUUGCUUGUUAAAGUGGCGAUUAAGCAUUCUGAGAAAAAUACCAGACCAAAAGGAAAAAACAUAAAGAGAGAAAAACAAUACAUUUCUAAAAAUACAGAAAAUUGGACUCUUAAACUGGGAAGACAUGGUAAUGGGAAAGCAUUUUGAAACACUGGAAUUGUUUACUUAAAAAACUUAUCCUGUUUCUAUAAUUGAAUUACAAUUAAAACUACAAUCAAAAUAACUAAAAUUAAACUGAUUAGUGGCAACACUGAAAUUUAAGUUGAGAGUACCAUCUGCUCUCAACUUAAAUUUUCUUUGCUGACGAAAGGAAAAUAUACAAGUCUUGGAAUACUUAUAUGAAGGAUUGUGAAAAUAUUUACUGGAUUAUAUCUAACUACCCCACGACUACUGGAGACUCAAAAAUGAAAACAAGGGGGUUAUUUAAUUAUAGUGACCCCUGAAUGUUAUGCUAGAAGAUUGAACCUGUAAAGGAGACAUAAAGAGGCUUUUGAUAACUUCUGGGACUAUUUAAAUGGAACCAAUUGAUUUCCUAUGGGAUACAAAGAAAUGUAAUUAGUGUACUUCUUGAAGAGUAGUUUAGGUCUGAAUAAAUGGUUCUUGGACUAUUGGACAAAAAUGGGAUUAAAAAAAAAACAAAAUAAGAUGCUUCAUAAAAAAGAAAUGAGUGGAACUUUGAAAGAGAUGGCAUUGAUUUUCCAAAGCACAAAGAAUAUCAUGGUAAAAGGAUUUAAAGAUGUUAUGGAAAAAAUGGAAAAUACUAUACGAGGGAUGAUGAGUAAAGAUCUAGAUACUCAGAAAAGGGAGGAGCUAACAGAAGGAAUAGAGGAAAAGAUAGAACCAAAGAACCAGCAAACAAAAGAAGAAGACAAGGAGGAGAUAAUAAUAAAAAUAACAGUGAUUGAUGAAUUCAACCAGGGGGAAAAUAUUUUAAGAGAGUUGAAAAGAGAAUUGGAGAUACAGGAAGAUACUUUUGAAUGGGAGAUAGGGGUUUGGGCAGAUACUUUAAAAGCUAGGCAGUGGAAGAGGGUAGAGAUGGGAGAAAUACUUAGAUUGAAUAGCCAAGAAGUAGACGCAGACAGAAAUAAAGAUCCAAGAGACGAAUAUGGGAGGCAAGUCAAAAAAAGCAUAGCAACUAAAGUACUGGAGCGGGCAAGAGACAAUGGAUAGAAAGGAAAGGGUUUCUCUUUUUUCUUUGAUGUUUUGAUUUGCUUUUCUUUUUCUCUUUUUUUCCCUUUUUUAGAAUAGUGGCAUGAUUAGAAGUUAGUUAGAAAUAAGAGAAGGAGGAAACAUUUGGAAACUUUAUAUAAUGGAAUAAAAAUAACAAUAAAAUGGGAAAUCUAGAGAUUGAAUGAUGGUAUUACUAAGUACGUUUUAAUAAUAUUGUGAUUAGUAUUGGAAUAAUAUAUUGAAACAUUGAGCAAUUAAAUAAUGAAAGAACAUACUUUAGUAUAAAUGUGUAUUACUAUCAGAAUUAUAUAGAUUUGAUGAUUGUAAAGAAUAUGAUUAGAAUAAUUUUGUAUGUCUAAGUAAUAUUGGAAUUGGUAUUAAAAUUGUGUAUUAAACAUUGAAUAAUGAAAUAAUGAAUGAUUGUAUCUUAAUACAAAUAGAUGUAAAGAGUGAAAUAUGGGAGGUAAGUUAAAAAUGAACAGAAUUCAAAGCACCAAAGUGAGUGAGAGAUGUUGGAUAGAAAGAAAACAUCUUUUAAUAAAAGGGUGACAUGAUUAAAAGUUAGAAUAGUAGUAGAAAUAAGAGAAAGGGGGAAUAUUAAUAUGUACAUUUUUACAUAAUAAAAUAAAAGCAGUAACAAGAGGGAAGGUUAGAAAUUGAAUGGUGGUAUUAUUUUAUGUAUGAUCAAAUAAUAUGGUAAGUGGCAUUAGAGCAAUAUAUUAAAACAUGGAAUAAUUAAAUAAUGAUAAACUACAACUUACUAUAAAUGUGUAUUAUUAUUAGAAAUAUAUAAGUUGGUUGAAUGUAAUAACUAUGAUUAAUUUUACUAGUUUUAUUUGUAUUAGAAUGUAUGACACCCAAGUGUCACACUGUUCACGUAUUGAUAUGUAUAUGUAAAAUAAAAUAAAAAAACUUGGGGGGGAGAGAAAAAAAGAAGAUGCUAUAUUCAGUUUGUUGCUAAUGCUACGCAGUUUUUAAAACACAGCAAACAAAAUGCCAUUCAGUGUUUCACAUUGGCAGGGUGCAGAAACAGAAUAUUUAUUUCAAGUUAGCGAAUGAGCCCCAAGCAGGGAAGUGGGCUAUUAUACUCUUAAAACUUUUCUGGCAGAAAUGUCUUCCAUAUUUUUGGAGACCCUUAGGACUGAAUUCUAGCAUAUUAUUUAUUAAACAGUCCUUUUAAACCAAUUCCUGAACUAUUUCAAAAUGGAAUACAGGAAGGUAAGUACUGAGAUUGUACUUUAUAAUGUUCAACUGCUUUCUGUUUUCUCUGAAGGGACUUUUGGAUCAAUUGGUUGAAUGCAAGAAGUGACCACAGAAUCAUAAAACAAGCAUGCAUCUUAAUUGCUCAUUAUAUUUAAUCAUUGCUAGCUGUGUUGGCCACAACUGAUAUGCUGGUAUGGACAAUUUACCAGUCUUUGCUUUGCCUUCCCCCAACAGCCAUUUGGUUAGCAGCUGCCUUACAGAUCCUUAGCUGUGCUCCACAUUUUGUUCCAAAGAACUCAGUAUUUCCCCUCAGCAUUUUCCACAUCCUAAUGCCAAGAAUUUUACUUUCUAGGUCAAGUAAAAAAUCUGGCUAGAUGUCCCCUGCAUUCCAGGUAGACAGGGAAGAGGUACCAGGGACAGAAAGAAUUCAAGAUGCAGGCGCCGCAAAGUGAUGGAGUUGCAAACUUCAUGUUCCCAAUGAAUUUCUGUGGUCUGGUGAACCUCAGACUGAAUUGGGAGACUUGACGAACUAAACAAAGCAAGCCUGGCUGACAGGAGCGGUCUAAGAAAAAAGCCACAGGCUGAUUGUGAGAAUGAGGGGACUGUGCACUGUGGCGUCUCCCCCUCUUCCAGAAUCUCAAUCCUUGAUGUUUUCCAGGAACUGCCCACUUGCCUGUCUACCAAUCAAAACAGAUUCAGUGUGUGGGAUGGCCCAACUUGCCAUACUAAAAAGGGACCAAACCAGAAUAAAUCAGGAGCAGCUCGUGCAGCAAGAAAAAAAAACCAUGAAAAACCCAAUGUAUGAAAUAGUAUCCCUGUUACUGGAAAAGUUGCUACUUCUUGCCAACUUUAAAGUUCUUCAAACAGGUUCCAAUGGAGAGAAGGAGAAGAAAAAAAACCAUGUAUGUUGUUAUGACUCUUCCUAUUUCAAACCAGGAGAUUUGCUAGAAGUGCCUCGCACUCUCUUCAUUCAUUUUGGCAUUUAUUUGGGAGAUAACCAAGUAGCACAUCUUAUGCCAGACAUUCUGCCUGCUUUCACUAAGGACCAGAAGUUGAUCCAGAAAGUAGUGACUAAUAAAAGACUUAUCUUGGGGGUCAUCACAAAAAUGGCAAGGAUCCGCGUGGACACAGUGGAGGACUUUGCUUAUGGAGGCUCCAUUCUGGUGAACAAUAUGGAUUUGUUUUUUAAAAAUUGUAUUCUUUGUAAUGAUGAAGUGGUCCUUAGAGCAAAAAGGCUAGUAGGCACAACUGAAUACAGCUUACUCUGGAACAAUUGUGAACAUUUUGUGACCUUCUGCAGAUAUGGCUCUCCAGUCAGCUUCCAAACAACCAAGUUCUGUGAAACCGUGAAGAUGAUCAUUCGAGACCAGAGAAGUGUACUUGUUUCGGCACUGCUGGGACUGAUUUCUAUACUUUAUCUGGGUCUGGGACCUUCUACUACUCUUCCUACUAUCAUCAUUCCAUUUAUGCUGUGGAUGGCUGGUUAAUGAAUCCACAUGCCCUAUCGCUUACUGGCUACUAGAUGACCCAUGGCCUAUUGAAUCCUCUUUCCAGAGAUAUUUCACUAAUAUCUAAUAGCUAAUUGAAGAAAUAGAAUGACCAGGGAUGGGGGGAAAAAGAAGUGGGAGCAAAAGCAACUUCUGGCUUCCUCAUUGACUUUGCUUGUGGGAAGCCAUCAGGAAGUGUCCAAAAUCACAAUCAUAUGACCAGCACUGCAACAGCCACAAGUUGAUGAAUACAAUGAAGAGCUUUAAAAUGGAUUUUCUGCACAUUGUUCAAAUUAGAAAAUUUGAAGAACGUUGCUUCAAGAAUAGUUGCUUCAAAAAUGGUUGCUCUAUGAUGCAACAUUUUGGUCAAUUGACGGUUACAAAUAGACAAGACAGGAGAGUUUUAGUAGUAUCUAGAUUGUAAAUAGAAUGUAUAAUGUAUUUAUGAAAGCUCAAAUUAACAAUACUAUACAGUGAAGAAAAUAUGGAAUGAUUAACAUGCAGCAUAUAGAAUACAGUAAAUAAACACUAACUUGUAAAUUAAGCUACUGGGUUUUGUGGGAAAAAAAUUCCAAGCAAUUUCAAGGAUGACCAUAUUGGGUUUAUUCCCAAGGAAAGAUGUCUAAACUGCAGUUUUACACUCAGUAGUACAUUUUAGAAAACUUAAUGAUGGUGAUCUCCCAAGUAAAUUUGCAUAAUUUCAAAGUGAAUAAGUAAAAUUAUCAGUGACAUUCUCUUCGAUAUGGGAAUGUUUUAGUAUUCAGAUAGUACAAAGCAAUGUACAGUUUGUUCAACAACUGCUCUUCUGCUUUGCAUCUUUAUUUAAUUUCCCUAAGUUUACAUUCACUAAUUGUAUUUUCAUUUAAAUGGCAUAACUGUAUCCUGCUUGGACUUGAGAUGAACAAAAUAUUUGCACCAGAAUUGUCUUUGGUAUUCCCUGCUAAUGAAAUCCAAUAUAAAUCAGUCCAAUGGGCUUCUGUAGUCUCAAGAUAAGUGACAAGCAAACUAGUGAAAAGGACAUGUGCAGCUAUCUCCUUUUGGAUUUCUUUCCCACACUAUAGACAAAUAAUUUUGUUUAGAAUACUACGGCACACUUCCUCUGAUUUUGCAAGUUGCAUAUUUGCCAUCAUGGCAACAAGCAUUAAUUUAUGUCCAAUUAACAUUCAUAUAGUCAGGCUGCACAUGUUACUAAUGUAUAUCUUUUUCAGAUUUACAAUUUUCUUUGCUCCCUGUUUUGAGACAUUUCUAACUGUAUUGAGACAUCAGAAAUGUAAUAAUUUAAUGAUAUUCUCUAAAUAGAGGUAUUUUACAUUUCAGUAAAAUGAGUUAAUUUCCAUGCUAUUUCUACAAUUUCUUCACAUCCCAUUAUUAAAUGUCUUUAUGGUACAGAGUCAAAGAAAAACAAACAAGCAUAUGAUGUUUUAAAUUUUAACAUAAGAUUAUGUAUAUUUUUGCCUUUUUAAAAUCUUACUUCAUUGGGCUGCAGACAUGCAGCAUUUUUAUAUAAUUCCUGUCAUCUGUGAAGGUGCUGGUAACUGCCUAAAUAAUUCUAAUAAAUCACCUGCUUUUCUGAUGUUCAAAGAAAUAGAAUGGUAGGUAGUAUGUGACAUACAUUUAUACUCAUUGCUCCUGUUGGAAACUGAAUGAAGUUCCUGCUUUGUGAUUGUGGUCUCAGAUCCUACAAAUUACAACAACACCAUAGGUUGCACUAUGAGUUGCUUGGUAUGGGUAAAGCUACUUAGAACUAUCAAAAGUGAAAUGUUUUUUGGUUGUAUAAUUAAUUCAUAUGCCACAGAUAGACAUCCAUCAAAACAGCUAAUAGUCCAAAGAUAUCCUCAGAUUCCUAAUAACAACUAAUGAAAAAUACACUUGACAGCCUCAAUGUUUGUUUCCAAAAGAGUAGCUACUUUACAAAUAUAGUGCUUAGGCCCUCUUCGUGAAAUGUAUGCAUUAGAAGUUCAGAAGGUAUAUAUUUUUAUGAAUUUUACAGUGCAAUGUUUUCCCUAAAGCAUAAGAUACAUCAUAACCAUGUUGUAUUUUGAACAUGUACAAAUACCUAUUUGAACAUGAGACCAAUAUGUUAAUAUUUUUAAAAAGUGGUUCAUGAGAAUCCAGUGAGAAAUUAUUGGUGUGCUUGCAACUCUGCUGCCUGUACAUAAACCCAACCUAUGUCUAUGGAGGACAUUUUAAAGAUACAGUUCUAACAACUUCUACUUGUAUGUUGCUCUUUUUACAUGGUUGCAUGGGGGGGUCUGGAACAGAAUACAGAUAGUCCUCAAUUUAUGACCAUAAUUGAGUCCAAAAUUUAUGUUGCUGAGUGAGAAAUUUGUUAAGUGAAUUUUGCCCGAUAUGACCUUUUUUGCCACAUUUGUUAAGUAAUUCACUGCAGUUGCUAAAUUAGUAACAUGGUUGUUAAGUGAAUCUCAUUUCCCGAUUGACUUUGCUUGUCAGAAGAUCACAAAAGGUGGUCACAUGACAUCAGGACACUGCAACCAUCAUAAAUGUGAGUUUUCAAGCAACCAAAUGUAAAUCAUGUAACCAUGGGGAUGCUACAACAGUCAUAACUAUGAAAAAUGGUCAUAAGUCGCUUUCAGUGAUGUUGUAACUUCGAACAGUCAUUAAAUGAACUGUUGUAAGUCAAGGACUUACUUGGAAAACCACACAGUACUGCAGGGGUUUGUAUAAUGGAUACAGUUUUAAGUCGAUUGAUUAUAGCUAGUUUAACUCGUUGCUCUCUUGGAUAUUAUCCUCUUUCCCUCUUUACCCCAAUUGCAAACCACCUAUGGGAGAAGUUACAGUUUGGACAAGCUGAAAAUAGUAGCCCAGCCAUGUUGUGCUAACAGACAAGAGACUCCCUUUCCCUAGUGAAAUUGUUCAAAAAUUUAUUUAGAAGAAUUUGUGAAAUGAACAGAAAAUGUUGGCAAAGGUUGUGGGUAUUAACAAACUCAAUAGACACAAGGGUGAAGAAGAAGGCUGCUGUUCUGGAACAUAAAGGAAAGCCGGACCUUUGUUUCCCAGACUCUAUAAGCCUGUCAUCUUCCAAAUAAGAUAAAUGACCUCCAUCAAUAAUCCUGGCAGUCCUUGGUGAAAUAGGAGAUCUCCUUGAGUCCCAAAACAUACAAUCCUCCAACAUGGGAGAGAGAAAGGGAGCAAAGGAAGAGACAUUUGUAUGGAUCUGACAGAGGUGCUUUUUUGUAAAAUAAAUUGCUCAUUUGCACAAUGCAAAUCAUUGCAAACUUUAGUCAUGCUGUCCCAGAUGAUGGAAUUAAAAGUAGUCACUGGGAUCAAUUUCUCAGCCAAAAUGAAAUCAAAAUAAUCAUAAAGGAAUGGUGAUUUAUCUUUCUUCUUCAACACACAUUAGUGUCAGAACAUAGUGCUUAACAUUAUCACUUAUGUUCUUGAUUUAUUAAAAAAAUACAUUCUGUAUAUUAGUGAAAAUUUAAGUUAACUAACAAUUAGUCAGCCUUAACAUGUAGUCCUAGACUAAAUGACCACAACUUUAAAUUAUUAAUUUUAUGACAAUUUUAUGGUGUCAUUAAAUGAAUCACCAUGAUUGUUAACUGAAUUAUGUGGUCAUUAAGUGAAUCUAGCUGUUUUAAUUUUUGCUGAAAAUUGGCAAAGAAGAUUUAAAUCGCAAGUUGCCAAAUGCCUGAAUUGCAAUCACUUUACCAUGAAGUUGGUAAGAGAGUUGUAAGCAUGAGUACAGAUUCUAAAUUACUGUUUCUGAAUCAUCAUUAAACAAACAGUGAUUACAUCAAAGACUACCUGUGAAUUUAAAAGGUAAAAGAUACAUAUACUGAAAUCACUAAGCUUCUAUUACGGGCAAAGCUAGUUCCAAAAGCUCUUCAAAACUUAUUUGAAAACUUGACUUCAUUUCCUAUAUACCGUGUUUCUUUAAAACUAAAAUCGGGACUUAUAUUAAUUUUUGUUCCAAAAGAUACAUUUGGGCUCAUUUUCAGAUGAUGUGUUAUUUUUUUUCAUGUGCAACAGACAUAUCAAACACAGGGCCCAUGGGCUGGAUGGGCCCAUAUCUGGCCUGUGAGGCUGCCCUAGAGAUGGCUAGGGACCAGCCCCUGCUGCCCCAGCCACGGCCCAGCCUGGCUAGGCACCCCUCCCAAGCGCACACACAGGAGGCACAAGUGCACAGGGGCUGACGGUGUCUAGCAGCAGCCCCAGUCCACUGGCCCGUUGGCCAGCGCACUCUGGGGCUGUGCAGCUCAUGCAGCGCAGGUGAGUUCAAGUGCUGUGACAGCAGGGCUGGCCCCCCAAGCAGUUGGUGAAGGCCCACCAUAUGUGCCGCGCAGUGACCUGCCGACUCACUCCCACCUUUGCUUGCCCGCAGCCACAAUUAUCCAAAACCUUAUGCUCCAAGGAGAACCUCUUCAAGAAAGUUUGAACCACUACCUCUUUCAAAGUGUAGACAUAACUCCCUUACAUGAAGAGGCUUUAACACAGCAGUCCCCAACCUUUGCAGCUUGGCAGCCUGGCUAGGGGGGGAGAGGGAAACCGGGCCAUGUGAGUAAUGGGCUGGCGCACACACUUGCGUGCGCAGCUCAACUUGCAAAAUUGAGCUGCGCAUGCAUGUGCACAAGCAUCAGUCUGCCACUCGCUGCUUGUGUGGCCCAGUUCCAAAUAGGAUACAGUCUGGUAGUGAGCUGCAGCCUGGGGGUUGAAGACCCCUGCUUAUACACUCCCUGUACUGCCACAUGGCUAUUAAGAGCCACACUGCUCAAGAGCACCUUUACUAGCCUAAGAGUCACAAAUACCCAUCUUCAGGUUGCAAAAAAUGAAACUGAGUUCAUACACACUGAUUAAAAUUUAAUAGGAACUCUUAAAACUAUUAUAACUAUAUAAAAACUAUUAAAACUGUGUUCCGUGUGCCUUUGGCAUUGAGUCAUGCCGGCCACAUGACCACGGAGAUGUCUUCGGACAGCGCUGGCUCUUCGGCUUUUAAACGGAGAUGAGCACCGCCCUCUAGAGUCGGCAACGACUAGCACGUACGUACAAGGGGAACCUUUACCUUUACCUAUUAAAAUGUUAAUACAAUUUAAUACAAAGUACAAGAAUUUUGUCAUCUAAUUUGACAUGAAGACAGCCAUUUUUUUCUUCAAAAAUACAGUACAAAUUUCUCUAGGUAGUUGAAUGAAUAGUAAGAUGAAUCCGCAGUUAAAUUAGUUCUGAGCAGCCCAGCAAGCAGUAAUUAGUAGCCAUUUCACAUAUCUGUUUCUCUGAUGAUCUAUUCUUUUUCCCCAUGGCGGUGUCAGAAGAAGACCAUUUAUCACCAUUUUGCUGUUGCAUUAGACAGCCCAGGAAAAGGAAAACUGGAGCAAACCUAUCAGUGUCAAUUCACAAUUUCUGUUUAGUUCUUCGCUAACAAACUGAUAAUAGGCAAGACCCACAGAAGGGAAUCCUUCUUAAUUAACUGCUCAAACAGCAGUUAAUUAGGGAAUUGGCCUUGCUUUGCCAGGAGUUUCAAAAAAACCUCCCAACAAUCUCUAAUACAUCCUGGAUAAGUCCCAUUGUGGCAAGUGCCUUAAAUUCUUUUCCACAACAACUUGCAUGCCAAUCUGACUGAGAGGGACAGGAGGAAGUAUUACUACAGUAAACUCCCAUCAAAUUGAGGCUCAACAAAUAGGAAAAAAGAGAAUAUAUCUUUUUCAGUUUCUCCCCCAUUCUCAAACCGUACUGUAUAUUGCAGUGGAAUCCAUAAUUUAGAAAUUAGGUUUCUUUUUCCUCCCUAAUGAAUGUUGUCUCAGAACAUUUUCUCGGAAUGAACAUUAACAUACUGAGGCAAAUGGAAACAGGGCAAGUCCCAUGUUAAACUUCUACUCUGCAGCAUUCAGUAUUGAUUACUGUAUAACAUCCACAUAAUGCCUUACUCCUCACUUCAAAUAGAGAGAUACAGUAUAAGACUUUAAGAUGACCACUUAUUCAGAAUCCUUUGUCUCCCUUCAUUCAGGUACUUAUAACUUAUAACAUGUAGGAUCAGACAGUACUAAACAGCCAAACCAUGUCUAUUGCCAGUCCAAAGGACUCCAUAUAGUCAUCCCCACCAGAUCUGAGGACAACAAAAAAAGAAAAGAAAAAGCUGGGGGUUUUUUGUCACAUUUUACAGAAGCAGUCCAAAGGCAUUGCCCACUAACAGUGGUCGGCUAUUUAUAUAGCCCUCCAUUCUGAAAACAGUUCCAACUGGGGCAAAGUUUGCUUUCACGGGGUGAAGCAUGUCUGUCUUGCAAGAGUCCCAAGAAUCCUUGCUACUAUUUCAUAGCAAAAGGGCUGGGCAGGGUACAGAUGCCAAAUGCUUUUACAAUUAUUUCUUUAAAAAGUUGUUACAUUUUCUUUUUCUUUUUUUUUAAAAGCUUUCAUUCUAAAUGCAAUGUGAGAAAUAAAAGUGUUCCUCUUUCAUGUACUGUGCACUCUAAUAAUAAUAGCCUGUAAAAGUCCUUAUUUUUAAAAUUAUUGUGUAUGGAUCAAAGGAAUGUUGUAACCUCUGCUGCGUGCAGCUGUUUUGUAACUUGACUUUCAAACGUACUUAGUGUUGCUUUUUCCUUACAUUAAACAAAAUACAUUACAUUAUAAAGCCAGUAUUUAUCUAAUGACUUGAUUCUCCUGGAUGAUUUUUAGUAUGUGUGUAGAUAGCAAAAGGGUUAAACACUGUAAAAUACUGAAUAUAAAGUAGUUGUUAUUUUUAUAAUUAAAGAACCCUCAUGUAUAAUUAAAUGAGA